AUGGUCAAUCUGAAUUCCCUUCUGGAUGGAAGUUAUGAAAUAGAAGCUUAUGCUUUGGGAACAGUGCCAUUGCUAUUACUGCAAAGGUUUCAGAUUACAAUCAUCAAUGGUGUUCUGAAUGUUUCUACUGUCGACGUACAAGCAACUACGCUUCAUGUGACUAUCAAACGAAAUGAUCGACCAUUGAAUGGCGCUCGAGUUUUAGGAACAUUCACGAAUACACAAGCACGCAGCUUUAAUCUUGAUGGUCAAACUAACAACGAAGGUGUGAUCACCAUUGUCUUGUCGCAAGGAACAAUUCAAAAUUUUGCGGCAGAAAAAGAUAAGGUUGAAGUAAAGAAAGUUGGGAACAUUACUCUUCUAUCACCAGCUCCCACUCCAGCUGGUGUACCACGGCCACCUAAAUGUAUCAUCAUUGAUGUUGAUUCAUCAAGUUUUAGUUCGUCAGUAAAUCCUAUCAACAAGAAGGCACGUGUUGUGAUUCUCGGUGAUAUCUCGGGUUCCAUGAGUUCAGGAACAAAAAUGGAUAUCCUCAGACGAUCAUUUCAAGAAAUUUUUGACAAAUGUCAAAAGAAUGGAUGGAACGUAUCCCUCGCAUCAUGGGACACCGAAACAGAUUGGUGUACUGAAAAGUGGAUUCAACCAAACCAAAUUGCCGACGUUCGAAAAUGGAUCGAAAGUCAGCAACCGCGUGGAGGCAAUGACAUGAAAACUGCUAUUGAGAACUGCAUGGAACGGUAUGCUGAUGCUACUGAUGUCUAUGUCAUGUGCGAUGGGAAUAUAACUCCAUUUGUUGUUCACCACGGAGAGCCUGAUUGGGGACGCUUUCGUAAUCAAUUUCCACGAACGACAUUUCAUUUUAUUGCUCUCGGAGUGGGUGCUUCAUGCGAACCAAUGGAAGCAAUGGCUACAGCAGGCGGUGGUAUAUUUACUCAUAAUACAUGA